UUGAGAGAAGCUACACCAAGUCACAAAGCUCUGCUUUCAGUAGACGUGAGAACAUCAUGGAGGAAACAUCUGAAAAAGUUCCUUUUGAGGCUUACAGUAGCUUGAAGCCCAGAGGCUUAGUGCGUCUGAAGAAGACGGCGGUCGUAGCCUUCAUCGCAGGAGCCGUUCUGCUUCUUUUUGGAGGCAUUGGAGCUUUUUACCUGUGGAAAGUCAGCGAGAAAGAAGCGAUCAGCACUCACUACAGCAGCAACAUCGAUAUAAAGAUAGAAGAUGAUUCAGAUGCUGGAGAUGCGAAGAUUGUGGAAGUUCAAGACUUUACAGCUGGCAUUACAGCAGUCAAGUUUCCUGGAAAAGAGAAGUGUUACAUCAAAUCACAAGUCAGAUCUGAACUUUCUGAAGACGAUGCUGUGGCGGUGAAACCUGAUGUGGGGUCUCUGGUCUGGAUCGCAUCUGAAGAACCACUGAAGGACAUCAGUUUUCUGAGCCCUGAUAUCCUGAGAUUCUGCGGAGACCUUCCCAUUCACUGGCAUCAUCCUGCAAACUCCAGAGCUCUGAGGAAGAGAAGAAGUGUGACGCGAGCGAGACGGCAGAGUACAGGUGGAUUAAAUCGACAACAGACGAGACGUCGAAACUCCACGAGUUCAGCCAGAGAAGAUGAGCGGCCGACGGGGCCCGAUUAUAACCCUGAAAACCCUUAUCAUCAGAAUCAGGAGGGUUCAGAGGGGCACAUGGUGUUCGAUCCCAUGCUGGACCAUCGUGGCAUUUGCUGUACAGAAUGUGAUCGCAGUUACACCCAUUGUGAGCGGGUUUGUGAGCCUCACGGGGGCUACUGGCCAUGGCCUUACAACUACCACGGCUGUCGGCCUGUGUGCAGGGUAAUCAUGCCGUGCCGCUGGUGGGCAGCUCGCGUGCUGGGUCUCGUGUAAGCUCUCGUGUUUCUCCUGGUUACCAGCUGAAGGCACAGUAGAUUUGCCCUUAAGGUCCAACUGAAGUACAUAAUAAGGUAUUUUCAACAAAAAUAAACCUCUUAAAGUCAGACAUGGAUAUACAAAUAAAAAUUUACCUAGCAAUAGUUGAGAAUAUGUAGUUUUGAAUAACAGACACAUGUUUUUUAGCACCAUUAAAAUAUGUUUUUUGAAUUGCACACACUUACAUGUGUAGUGUUUUAUUUUUGAGCCACUAGAGGAACCAAACCAAACUCUGGUUGGUCGCAAGUGGCAGAGAAAAACAUCAGAUUUACAUGCAAAUAAAUAUUUGUAUGGCGUUUUUUUUUUUUAAAUGCAAACUGUAAAAUACAUGCAAUAAAAUAUAUUUUGAGAAGUGCAUUGAUUUAAGUUCAUGACCGAUUCAAAAUCAUAGUUGACAAAUAUGGGUUUUGCAAUGUUGAAAAAUUAGGUACAAUGAGAUAUUUUUAACAAAGUAAACCUCCAAUGUAACCAUUUAUGGAAUGUCAGACAUGGAUGUGUUCUAAAAUACAAAUAAACGUAUGUAAUUUUGAAUAG